AUGGUUAUUUGUCGGAGAAAAAAGUGUGUAAAAAGUACAAGCAAAAGCAAGUCUGGAGAUAUACUUUCUAUAGGGAAUUUCGAUGGAAAGAUCGCAUUCGAAGACAUACUCGGUGCAACAGAAAAUUUCGAUGAGAAAUAUUGCAUUGGCAUUGGGGGCUAUGGAACUGUCUUCAGAGUUGAGCUUGAAGGCGGGGUUACCUUUGCCGUCAAGCUCCUGCAUUCAAUGGAAGAAUUCAGAGAUGAGGAAACAUUUCACGCUGAGAUUGAAGUGUUGACGAAAAUUAGGCACCGAUGUAUCGUCAAGCUGUAUGGCUUUUGUUCACAGUCCCAAUGCAAAUUCCUCGUGUACGACCUGAUCGAGAGGGGAAGCUUAUCAUCCAUUUUGCACGAGCAAGAUCUAGCAAAGGAGCUGGACUGGACAAAUAGAAUUGCUAUUGUGGUGGACGUAGCUCAAGCUCUCUCCUAUUUGCAUCAUGAUUGCGAUGACCCUAUUGUACACCGGGACAUAAAAGGCAGCAACAUUCUUCUGAACCGAGAUUAUAAAGCUUAUGUCUCGAACUUUGGCAUGGCGAGAAAGCUGAAGCAUGGUUGCUCAAGCUGGAGCACUAUCUUCGCAGGGACAUGUGGCUAUAUAGCCCCAGGCAACUUAUUGACAGGACAAAUACCACUAGAACAUGGGUAUCUUGCCUUCCUUGUUUGGCUGGCAGAGUUCCUUCUAUCGCUGCACACUUUGUCUCACUUGAAGGUAAUAUGGAUUUAUGCGGCGAUUGGUGUGGCAAUGGCAUAG